ACAGCGGAGCGCGCGGCUGGUUCGAAUGGGUUCAGCGGGUGGCGAGGAGGCGUCCGCUCUUGAGUCCUUUCCCCGUCUCUCGGCGGCUUUGUGGACCGGCAGGAGCUGAGGCGCUAGGCUCACGUUCCCAGCCCUCGGCGCGCCAUGUGGCGGGUGAGGAGCCUCGGCUCGCCGGCUACGCCGCAGCGGGGAAAUUCUGAGAAUCGUCCUCCACUCCAGGAACUCCUCUUGCAACCAAAUGCUAUUCUCAGCCCUGGGAAAGUCACCUUGGCGUGUUCUACAGCAAACCCCAUGUUGUAUCAGCCUGGGCCACAGCAAGAGGACAACAACAUCCCCUCUCCACUGGAAUUUCCCAAGACCAUCUGGACAGAUUUCUCUUCAGAACUGUCAUGUAUGCCUUUGAAGGAGCUUGAGGCUUCCCAGGGUGAUACAGAGGAGCAGUGUUUGGGUCUGGUUCCCCAAACCAGUUCUACUCCCAAAGCCUCCGAAGGAUCAGUGGCCCCACUGAAUGGCGAUGUGGUCAAAAUGGUGACCUUGGUCCCCUCUCCUUCCCAAGAAAGGCCCAGCCAAGGGCUGCAGUCAGAUAUUCCACUUGAGAUGGGUUUGGGUGCUAAGGCAGAGGCAAAUAACAUCUUUCUCAGCCUCUCUCCAAGUCUGACAGAUACAGUGACCAUGGGGGCAGUACCUUGUCUGAAAGGUAACCCUGUAGAUGUUACCACUGCCAGUCCAGAAAGAACCAUCUCCCACAAUUCUCUGUCACAUCUCUUUACAGAGAAUCCCCCCAAUCCCUGUCCUGAGCAGCAGCACCCAGAGGAGAGCUCUGUAGACACAGGGACAAAAGCUGUCCCUAAGGCCUCCAUGCCUCUGGCAAGCAAUUCUCUGCUACCUUCUUGUAUGUACCAGUUACCUACUUCAUCUGUCUCAGGGGUCAGUCACCCUGCCAGCCUUUCAGACCCAGGCACGGGGAGUACAUCACUCACAACUACGGAUGGAGGGGAAUUGGAACCUUCCCACUCAUCAGAGGAAGCCCAGUUGACAGAUAGGCUGUCACUUCCUGCUCAGAUUCCAGCAGAAACUGUACCCCAGGUGGCUCCUGUUGCUACAGUGGAAGAUUUUAGUAAAACUCAUAGUCCCAGUACUGGAUCAUGGAUGUCCCCGCUGGCAUGGCUAGAUAAAGGGGUGAACACCUCAGCUGUACUGGAGAGUCUACGCCAGAGCUUCCCCCUUCCUGCUCUGUUGCUAGAUAGAGGGACCAGCACUACCCCUGUUUCUUCCAGCUCUGUGGGUUCAUGGCUCAUGACCCCAGCCUUGUUAGAAAAGAGUACCAACACAUCUCAAGCAGGGCAGACCAGUACAAAAGACAAUGCCUCUGAGACAGAUUCUCUCCUGUGGUGCCAACCCCCAGAUAUGAGUGCCUUGUCUAGACGUGACCUGGAAGAUCAUCUGCUUAGCUCCCUCAUUGUUCUGGAGGCCCUCUCACGGCAACUUCGGGAUUGGCAGAAUAGUGGAGCUACCCCUCACCCUGAAGCCCAGGAUAGCAGCACACAGACUGACAUCUGUCUCAAUGAGGUGGCAGAUGAACCCCAGCAUCUGCAGAAGAGUCGGGAGAUCCGUCAGGAUCUAGUGCAGGCCAAGGAUGUCAUGCAGUUAUGGGCUUUAGAGUCCCAGGAGGUCUUGUCCUUGCUAAAUCAAUGCCUGCUGAACUUACGGGAGGACAGGACGGCAGCAAAGCAGGAGCACCAGCAAGCAGAAGCCUUAGUCUCCCACUGCUGGGAGGUGCUGAAGAGGGCCAGGUCGAAGCUCCAGAGCCAUUUGGAAGAGAGGGAUGAAGCAAGGAGCCGAGAAGAAACAGCCCUCAAAGGAAAAAAUGCAGCAGAGACAAUAUUGGAGGCCUUCUGUGCACAUUUCAGUCAGCGUAUCAGCGAACUCCAGCAGGAUUUGGAGUCACAGAUGGAGCUCUGUGGUCUCCUGAAGGAGACCCAAGCCCAGCAGGCUUCUCUUCACUUGGAGCAGAAGGAGAUGUCCCAGCAGGCCACCCAGCUUGCUUCCACCUUACGGGAGGACUGGGUUACAAUGCAGCUAGAUUAUACACUGUGGACAGCCAUGCUGAAUCAGGCCCAGAAGUUAAUGGAGCCUUUGAUAACCAAGAGUCAGAAGGCUUUGCAGGAGCGAGAUGUAGCCAGGGAGAAGGAAGAACAGGUUUCCUGGCAGCUGGACCAGGUCUCUGCUCAAUUAAAGGACUCCCAGGCCCAAAUUGAGCAGCUGGAAUUGGAAAACAGACGUCUGGCAGCAGAUCUGCAGCUGCAGCUGCAGAGCCUGGCUAGCACUGAAAGUCAUCUGGAGAAGCUCCAGGACCAGUAUGACCAUUGUGCCCAGGAUCUGGCCUCCCGGGAUGAAGCCCUUGCUGUGCUCACCUUGAGUAGGGAAGAAGAAGCUGCCUGGUGGCAGGAGGCAGAAGCAGCCUUGAAGUCGGCUCACCUGAAGCAACGGGCAGCUCUCAUGGAGGAGGUUCGAGAACUUCGGGAAACUGUAGAGUUUCUGGACCAAGAGAACCAAGUGGCCCACACAGAGCUGACUAGGUUGGAAUCUCAGCUGAAAACCACCCUGUCAGUACUCCAGGAGCGCAACGUGCAAUGCGAGGGUCUCAAGGACUCUGUGGACAGCCUUGAGGCCAGACUGGCUGAUGCCACAGCAGAGGCCCAGGAGCUGAAGAAGAUGUACCAGAGUUCUCCAAAGCUGUCCAUGUUUAGUCAGAGCCUACAUAACCUGGUUCUCUCACUACAGACAGCAUUAAAGAAGGAGGCUGAGCCGGGAAGCCCUCCUCUGAGUGCAGCCUGGACUCCUGCCCAGCACCUCCACCCCAAUGACAACAGCUUCCUGGGCAGUGUCUUAAGAGCUAUGGCAGGAGAGUCAAAACCUGACCUCACCCCUUUGUUCAGAAGUGACACAAGUGCUUUUACCCGAGUGGAAUCUAAAAUCUCCCUUUGGCCUGAAGAGGAGGGGGUCCCCCAUACUGAGAAGAGCCUGGAAGAGUUGGCUUGCCUAGUGCAGGAGGCUCAGAGUCUGUGCUCUCAACUUCAGGACUCUAAAGAAAAAGCUGUUGGGGCCCUGCAGCAAGAAAUACGAGGUUUACAAGUCAAACUGCGGGCCCAGGAGGAAGAGCACCAGGAGGCCCUGAAGAUUCAAGAGGCAGAGGUGGAGAAGUUCAGCCAAGCCCUGUGUGCACGCUACAAGAAUGAGAAGGAACUCCAGGAAGUGAUACAACAGCAGGACAAGAAGCUCCUGGAACAGACAGAUAAGAUUGGAGAAUUCACAAGCCUUAGAGAGGAGGUAACCCAGCUCACCCGAUUGUUACAGCGAUCAGAGACUGAAGCCAGGGUGCUCCAGGAGGCAUUGGCAUGCCAGCAGAAUCCGAAUUCUCAACCCAUGGACACUGCUUGGAUUCAAGAGAAAGUGUGGCUAUGCCAGGAGGUUGAUAAACUGAGGCUGUUACUGAUUGAUAUGGAAAAAGAGAAAGCAGCUGUCUUGGUCAAGUAUCAGAGCCAUAGGAACAUUUUGGAAGAGAACCUGAGGUGUUCAGAAAAGGAGCUGGAGAAACUGGAUGAUAUCUUGGAACAGGUCCAUGAGGCUUUGUUGAGCAUUCCUGAGGUUGUGAGUGGCUGCCAAGAGUUGCAAAAAGUGAUGCAAUUAUUGAGCUAAUUAACACAAAAUGAUGACUGAUUGGACCUCUUGGUGGGGGGGGGGUGGAAUGGAGGCCGCAUAGGGAAGAAGAAAAGAUGCUGUGAAGAAGACACCAAUCUGUAUCUACUUAAGUGUAUUUAAAGUUUGAAUAAAUUUAUUUAGGAU